GACAUUGCCGGAUGGGCUGAGAACGAUCGUGGCGUCUCUUUCAUUUUUGGCCCGGAUGUUGUCACAAGCUUCCUUCAGAAACACGACAUGGACCUGGUGUGCCGAGCCCACCAGGUUGUUGAAGAUGGUUAUGAGUUCUUCGCAAAGCGCCAGCUCAUCACGCUAUUCAGCGCGCCCAACUACUGUGGGGAGUUCGACAAUGCUGGUGCCAUGAUGUCCAUCGAUGAGACGCUGAUGUGCAGCUUCAAG